AUGCCGGUCGGAGGUGUUCAGGGCCAAAACCCGACUCAGGGUCUGGUGCACUGGAUGAGCGCCGUGAUGGCGGAGCACAUGACAUCCAACUCGCAUCACGAUCCCACCGUUGGAAUGCACUACAUGUGGAACGGUGGAGUUGAUCAAUGUGGCCAACACACCAAAGACAUCGAUUACGGUGGUUGGCCUGCACCCAGGAAUCACAUGUCCAUGAAGCAAGGAUAUGAGGCAAAAAUGAAUGAUCAUCACAGCAAUAUGCAGAAACCUCAUGGACUCGACGAUGGGCGCGCUGAGCACCAUCUGCAGAGCGGGCAGAUGGCAUCGGCUCUGUACGGGGCGGCCGCGGGGGCCCUGCGCUCGGGGUCCUCCAGCAGCAGCUCUCCGGGCGGAGGAGUGCCUGGCGGCGUGGGCCACGGACAUCCUGCCACCUCGGCUGCUCUCCUUGUCGUGCCGCAGCCCAUCAACGCCACCAAGAUUGGCGGCGGACUGCCCAACGGAGCCCCACCUGGACGAAAGUACCAGUGCAAAAUGUGUCCACAGAUCUUCAGCUCCAAGGCGGACCUGCAGCUGCACACGCAGAUUCACAUGCGUGAGGCGAAGCCGUACAAGUGCUCGCAGUGCUCGAAGGCGUUCGCCAACUCGAGCUACUUGUCCCAGCACACCCGCAUCCACCUGGGCAUCAAGCCGUACCGCUGCGAGAUCUGCCAGCGCAAGUUCACGCAGCUCUCGCACCUGCAGCAGCACAUCCGGACGCACACGGGCGACAAGCCGUACAAGUGCCGCCACCCGGGCUGCCAGAAGGCCUUCUCGCAGCUCAGCAACCUGCAGUCGCACUCGCGCUGCCACCAGACGGACAAGCCCUACAAGUGCAACUCCUGCUACAAGUGCUUCUCGGACGAGCCGUCGCUGCUGGAGCACAUCCCCAAGCACAAGGAGUCCAAGCACCUCAAGACCCACAUCUGCCAGUACUGUGGCAAGUCCUACACGCAGGAGACCUACCUCUCCAAGCACAUGCAGAAGCAUGCCGAGCGGACGGACAAGCGGCCGCCGAUCACGGCCGGCAUGUCGGCGCUGGGCAUUAAUCGUAACAUCGGUCUCAACACGCAACUGCCCGCGGUGCCCGGAGAGCAUCCGUACUGGCCCAAAGUGAGCCCGGACUCGGCGGCCAGUCUCACGGAGGUGAUCCAGCAACAGCAACAGCAGCACGCUUCAUCCCACCAUGACUUCCACGUGAACCAGCACCAGAACAACGGACACGCCGAGCUGCAGCAGCAGGGCCAUCACCGCUCCCUCCUGGACAAUCACCCGACUCGGGAGGAUGUCGGCGAGGACCUCGUGGUGAACCGGCAGCAGGGUCUCAGCGUGACCGCCAAUUCGCUGCCGCCCUCUUCGACGCCCACCAACUACGAGGGCAGCGCGGCCAGCAUCACCAAGACGGCUCCCGUGAGCAACUCCGCCUUCACGCCCAUCAACUCCAUGACGCCCCACCUGAACUCACUGGGCCACCACCACCAGCUCGCCCAGCGGCCCUAUCUCUACGACGCCAUCAGCUUCCAGAACAAGAAUGUGAACCAGAACGCGGGCGCCUCCUUCCCCAACCAGCUCAUCUCGCUGCACCAGAUCCGCAAUUACGCGCACCAGCCCGGAGGACUCAUGGCCGGCGAGCACCUGCUGGGCGUGAGCGUGGGCGCCGGCAAGGACAAGGGCUAAACCACCUUCCAGGGGAGCGACACGUACCUGCCAGAAGGGGCACACUUGAUCGCAUUUAAUACGAUUUUUCACACACGCGUUUGUUAUCUCACCUAUCAGUUGAUUCAACCUGUGAUUUUACUUACACACGCUGAAGACAUAAAGAGACUUGGAAGAAUACUUUAUUGCCUGCAACUGUGGCUUUCAGCAAUUUUGCGAAAAUUUCAGCAGGAUGGAGGAAUGAGUUUGAAAUUUUGCAAACCUAAUUGUGAACAAGAGACUUUCAGACAAAACACUUUUCAAUUGACAAGAGAAGUGAAGAAAAACUAUAUUGAUUACUCCAAAACAAGAGCUAAAAUUGCAAUUUUAAACUGUAGCACAAAAAGACAACUUCUUUAAAUGUCCCCUUUGAGAAAUUUUAUUGAUUUUAUAAUUAUCUUUGUAAGUCAAUUGCAUCAGAAUAUUGAACCCUCAUGAGGAUAAAAUUUCAAUAUUGGUCAUUUCGACGCUGAUUUUUUUCUCAUGAAAAUUUUCCACGACGAAAAUUUUCCAAACCAAUUAUUUCUCCCAAUUAAAAAUUAUCAAAUUUCACUUGAAUUCAACGGAAUAGUGAUUGCUAUUAUUAUAAUCAGUGCAUGUCGCUACGGAACUUUAAAAUAAUUUUUCUCUCAUUUCUUGCGAAUAAAAAUAUACCAAGAUGUUUAACUUCAUUAUAAUCAGAAUAGAAAGUUUUCAUGGCAAUUUUCUGUAGCGAAAAUCCGUCUACUUUGCAUCUGAAUUUCAAAUUCUUCGAGAGCAAAAUGCAGGAAGUUUCGCAAAAAUUGCUGAAGCCUCAAACUGAAAUAGUGCUACAAUAUAAGGAAAUAGAAGAUGUGUUUGUUUACCGUCCACAAUAGAACUGUUUCAAUUUUGAGCUGAAGGAGGAAAUUUAAUUUAAAAGAUAAAUCUUAAGCGCAAAAAAUGUAUUGAGUGGAACAAAUCUUUGGACGUGGAAUGGACUAAAAUUCUGGUAUGUACAAGAGAAUGAGGCAGAAGAUGACGGAAUAUUUGCAUAAAUGCACGAAAUGCAUAUAAAUGGACGAACUGUGAUAUAUUUUGAAUAUUUUCAAACAUAACUUUAAUUACAAAGGAAGAAAUGUUGUAAAAGAUUACUAAAUAGUAUUAAAUAAUUAUAAAGGAAUUUAUGUAAAUAGUCCUGUAAUGAUAAAUCCAAUUAGAGAUCAAUAGAGGUAAACCUUAAGCGGAGUAAUCUCCUGAUGUCCUCAGACCCUUCUCUCACACAAGAAAGUAGAUAAUAAAAAUUCCAUGUAAAACAUUAUGCGUAUCUAUUGAUGAAAAGGAAAAAAAAUACUAUUUAACAAAUAUUUAUAGCGACACUACGAGAUGGAGAGUGAAAGGAGGAACAUGUUUAGAAGAAAGAUUACUUUAGCAAUGCAACGAAAUGUCAAUAAAUUCGAUUUUGCAGAAGAUUUCUUCAAAAACAUACAUUUAUUAUAUAGGAGUAUAUUAAAAAGAAAAAAAUGUCUAUCCCUUUGUAAAUGUGUGAUUUCCAUAUCUUUGCAAAUUAUCUGACGAGAAAAAAAAAAACAUGAUGCAAAAGUGCAGAAAAGAUACAUAAAGUAACAUUAAAACGAGGUGAAAAAUUAAUGUAAAAGUGAGUGUAAUUAAAAUAAUCAAAUGUUUUUUGCUGUGUAAAAAAAACCCUUUAAAAGAAUUGUAGGAUAAUUUUGAUUUUUCUGUCUCUUCUGUCAUUUCUGUAAUAAAUAAUAUUAUAAAUAAAUAAAAUUAUAAAUGUACGUGCGUCGUUAUUUCUCCCUCUGGAAGAUUCGUAUCGAACUUUAGACGAGUUUUGAGGGGAAGGCCCCUGGAAAGCUCGUCGAUG